AUGAUAAAGACAGCACAGGAGAAAGCUGACAUUGGAGGAAACGCAUACACCAUAGCUAGGAUCAUCGAGUUCCUUCCCGCUAAUACCACCCCGAAAAAGGGAACGAAACAUACCGGCGAAUUACAAGUCAGAGUUGCUUUGUAUUAUCGACCGACCGAUAUCUGGGCACGUCAUCUAUCCGACUCUCGCCUUCUACUCGCUGCCAUACAUACUGACACGCAACCCCUUUCCAACGUAAGAGGAAAAUGUUAUGUGUGGCAUAAAGAUAGGAUAGACGAUUUAAUCGAAUGGAAAAGAAAACCCGACCAUUUCUACUUUAUUAAAUUCUUUGAUCCUUAUAUCAAACGAGAGUUUGAGGUGAUACGUACUGAGACGGUGAAGAAUAUCCCCGUCGACGUAAAACAAGCUCUUUUAUCCCGCUAUGAAUACCUCAUCACUGAAAAAGAAAUGGUGGCCGAUUUGACCGACGACUUCCGCUCCUGUAUUGUAUGUGAUCAAUGGGCAGCAUCACAAGAUUCGGUCCGUUGCGAAACCUGCAAAAACAGCUAUCACAUGGCAUGUAUGAACCCUCCAUUAUCGGCGAAACCUGCCAAAGGAUAUUCUUGGGUCUGUCUUCCUUGUUCGAUGCAACGACGCAAAGACGUUCAAGAUCAAAAGUUCAUUUUCACCUCCAAUGGCCCCGCUCCCUCUCGCCCCAAUAAAGUCAAUGGCAAAGUCAAAGACAAACAGAAAUUCGUCGGACCUCGUAGACCUGAUGUCACACAUCGUGGAUGGCCAUGGAGAUAUUUCGGGCAAGUGGCUUUCUUUCGUCCCUCGCAUCUGCAUGUAAUGAUAAAUAUAGUCGACUCGUAUAUGGAAGAAGUCUCCAAAAUGCGACUUGCCGUUCCUCCCUAUGAUUUAGAAAGAUUGAACAAAGCCGUCGGGGCUUAUACUGCUCAUGGAAGAGAGAAGGCUCUCACGAUCAUGAGAAAUGCUCGAUUAGAAGACUUUUCUCCUGUCCUCUUUACUCAACAAGAAACUCAGAUAUUCCAACAAGAACUUGAUAAAUGGGGUGGUCUGGACGCACAUGAGAUCGCCAAAGUGUUAGGCAAACGUCCAUCCGAAGUACUUCGUUUUUCAUACAUGUGGAAAAACAAACAGCUCGCUUCGGAAAACGAAGCCAUUCGACAACAUCAAAAAGUCACUCAUGCUCAUGCUAGGCAAAGUCAGACCUUGGGUGCACCGUCAUUAGGAAAAAUCAGAACUACGAGGGAUUCCAGUGGGUCGGAUGAUGAGGUAUCUCUGUAUGGAUCAGCGACCAGACGUAUGCAAUGUGCGGCAUGUUCGACUAGGUUAGGAACGGUAUGGUGGAGAUGUCCAAGGAGUUUACCUGGUAAAGCUAUGUGUGAGACUUGCGGAUCGAAUUAUCGAAAAUACGGCGUUAUAUCAUUUGUCAAAGCGGAAGAUAGUAAGCGUCCAGAGAAGAAAGAACGGGAGUUGAAGAAGUCCAAGGGAGAAGCAAGUGGUACGGCAACACCAGUUCCUACACCGGCACCCAAAUUACCACCUUGUGCAAUGUGCAAGAGAAUGGAACCGAAGAGUAGUAUGGCGAGAUGUAAAACCUGCACUUUUUCCGUUCACAGCGUAGGUUGUUAUGGUAUUGAACCUCAGGAAAUGGGAUCGAAUUGGGAAUGUGAAUUAUGUCUCGGUCAACGUGAGACUGAUGAUGCUUUGCAUCCUCGAUGCGUAUUAUGUCCCGCUCAACAACCUCCAAUUCCAACAAAACGAAAGAGACUUCCUAUGGAAUUCGACAUGCUCUCCGCUCUCAAACCUACCGAAGGUCGUCGAUGGGCUCAUAUCCUCUGUUCUGUCUGGCAAUCCGAUGUGGUAUUCACCACACCUACCGCUCUCAAGUCCGUGGAGGGUAUCUCGACGUUAUCCAGGGAAAGUUGGAUGGGACAAUGUACUCUUUGUCAAAGAGAAGAUGGGGCGAAAGUUGAUUGUGCGGAAUGUGGUGUACGAUUUCAUGCUAGUUGUGCUUGGUUGGCUGGGUAUAAAUUCGGCUUUGAGUUUAGUUUGGCAAAAGCAGGUAAAAGAGAAUCAGUAAACAUAACGAAAUUCAAAGAAGAAACAGGAAUAAUGUCAUCUCAAAUUUAUUGUAAAUCUCACGAUAUCACACAAAGAACAUUAUACGAUCCUCAUGAGAUUGAUCCGGAACAGAAUGAAACGGCUUUACAAACCUACGUAUCGGCGUAUAAAGGUUUACCUUUACAAGGUGCUUUUCCUUUAUUACGUAAAGCUCAAAGAUUAGAUUUGUUCAUUUCUUCUCCUGAAGAACGAGUGAGGGAGAAGAUAUGUGCGGGGUGCGGGACGGAUGUUUCUCCUUUAUGGUAUCGUUCACCUAGACUGGAUGAGAUGGAUGUUGAUAUGGAUUUGAGAGUGGAGCAAAAGAUGAAGGAGAGAGUGAUGGGGUUUGAAGAUAUUUGUCAUUUGUGUAAAUUUACAAGAUGA